AUGGAGGAGAGCCGCGGCACAUCGCCAGAGCAUGGACACACUGCAGAAGAUGGGGAUGAAGAGCUGCUUGCAACUAACAAAGGGGAUGCCCAGCCGGAAGACCCAAGUGGUCCAAAUCAAGAAGAUGGAGUGGGCAUAGCAUUAUUACAGCCAGAAGACAGUCAUGCCGAGGAGGAAGGGGCAGGUGUUCCUACGGCUGCUGUGGAGGAAGGAGCUGAAGGUGUUCCUAUGACUGCUGUGGAGGAGAGGGCAGAAGGUGUUCCUACGGCUGCUUUGAAGGAAGGGGCUGAAGGUGUUCCUAUGGCUGCUAUGGAGGAAAGGGCAGAAGGUGUUCCUACGGCUGCUUUGGAGGAAGGGGCUGAAGGUGUUCCUAUGGCUGCUAUGGAGGAGAGGGCAGAAGGUGUUCCUACAGCUGCUGUGGAGGAAAAGGCUGAAGGUGUUCUUGUGGCCGCCGUGGAGGAAGGGGCAGAAAGUGGUCCUACAGCUGUUACGGAAGAAGACGCAGACAGUGUUCCUACAGCUGCUGUCGUGGAAGGGGCAGAAGGUGCUCUUGUGGCUGCUGUGGAGGAAGGGGCAGAAGCUGUUUCUGUGGCUGUCAUGGAGGAAGGGGCAGAAGGUACUCCUACAGUUGGCAUGGAGAAAGAGGCAGAAGGUGCUCGUACAGCAGUCACUGAGGAAAAACUCCCAGCAGAGACUGGUGAGCUAAGCACCAUCCCUGAACACACAGAGCCCUCCUUUUCAGAGUUAUAUCAUAUUUCCUCUGAGAGUAUUGCCAUGGCCAGAAUGAUCUCUUCUCCAUCUUCAGCAGCCAGCAGCCAGAGAUUUGCUUUACCCCUGCAAAUUGAGGAUCAAAAGAAGCCAGCUGCCUUCCCUCUCUAUUCUGAAUCUUCUCUUCAGCUGAUGUCUCUGCAGUUCAGUAGAAGUGGCGCCUUGGAAGAGAAUGAGGAGGAAAUAUUGCGCUUGGUUGAGAGGGAGACUGAAGGGAGUGAAGAGACAGAGGAGGAAACAGAGCUGGUGGUGCUGGAUCCCGAGCAUCCUUUGAUGAAAAGAUUCCAAACUGCCCUCAAGACCUACCUCAGUAAAAAGAUCGGAAAGCUGACGGAGGGGCUUCGUGAAAUGGCAGUUCUCAUGAAGAACAAAACAAAAGAGAGAGAGGAACUUGGUGUGGUUCUGUAUGGAGUCCAGCAGCAGUUGGCCCGGCUGCAAAUGGAUUUGGAGAAGAAUCACAGUUGUCAUGCUCAGAUCUCUAUGGUCCGCCGACAGCUGGAGGAAGAGUUGCAAGACCUCAGAAAUAUGUAUAAGAAGACAUGCCAGAGCACUGACGAAGAACGCAAGAAAGUUUCAUCCAUGCAGACAGAGAUGGAAAAUCUGUCUCUGCGCCUGUUCUACAUGCAGAACAUGGACCAAGAUGUACGUGAUGAUAUUGCUGUGAUGAAGCGAACAGUGAAGAAGACUGAAGUGGAGCGGAUGCAUGCAGAGGUGGAAAAGCAAAAACAGGACCUUCAUGUUGACCGCUUAACAAGGACAGCCAAUGAGUUGCAAGAGCAGAUCGCUUUAUACGAAGCACAACACAUAGCCCAGGCUGAAGACACCAGAAUCACGCGGCAAGAUGUGGCAGAGGCAUGUACAGAAAUACAAUCUAUAAACCUGGAGAAGAAGCAAUUGCUGCAUCAAUGGGCUGUCAGCUUGACUGGGAUGAAGCGGCGUGAUGAGGCAUAUGCUGCCAUGCAGGAAGCACUAAGAGAUACCAGGCACAAGCUCAAGUCUUUAGAAAUUGAGAUUGAAGUCUACAAGAAGUCCAUCUCCAAGGAAGAAGAGAGGAACGAACUGUUAGCCUCUAUCUUGAACCGCUCCGAGAAUGAUGGGAACACAAGUAGGAAAUUGAUAGCUCAGAGCAUAGCUAAACAGGAGGCCAUGAAAGUGGAAUUUGGCACCUACACUCGUACCCUACAAGAGACGGAGCAAGCCCUCAAUCGGGCCAAUACAGAUCGAGCUGCUCGCUUGAAUGAGUUGGUUACCCUUCGUCGAGAGAUAGAGAAGGGAUCACAAGUCAAGCAAUAUCUGGAGAGUGAAAUUAUGGUCAAGCUGCAGGAUCAGCUGAUGUCUAACAAAGCAGCAAAAUACUUUGUACAACUGUCUGCUAAGCUUCAAAACAGAAUGAUGGAUUUGGAUAUACAGUUCUCCAAAAUAGAGAAUGAUACAGCUCAAACUACACUGGAUAUAACAAACACCAACUGCAGGCUGAAUACACUUCAGAAGACUCUUGCAGAGCAGGACAAGGAGAUGGAUGACAUGAAUGGGCAGAUUAACCAUAGCGAGUCUGAGGUCGCCAGGCAAAACCUCAUGAUUGGGCGCAAACAAGGAAUAAUCAACCUGUAUAACAAGAAACUGGAAAUGAUGAUUUCACAGCUGGGGGGACAAGAGUUGGGACCUCUGGAACUUGAAAUCAAGAAGCUGAGCAAGCAGAUAGAUGAAAUGGACAUGGACAUAGUGAAGAUGCAGAGGUUUUGGUUGAACCAGCAAAGGGAAUUAGUGAAGCUGAGUAAAGAGCGAGAAGAGCAGCUGGCAUCUCUUGACAUGCUAAAGAAAGAGAUCACGAUCAAGGAACAAAAGAAAGUGCGCAUAGAGAAUGAAAUCCAGCGGGAGAGGAAUGAACUCAAGGACAUUGAGCGCCACAUGAAGAACAUGGCCAAUGAUUUGGAGAAACUACACAUGUUGAUCAAUAAGAACAGUACAAACUCAGAGGAGCUGCAGCAGGGCAACACUAUUAUGGAGAAUGAAUUUGUGCGUGCACUCAAGGGAGCUGAAAGGGAAUCAAUUGAGUUGCAAGAGAAGCUGGACCAACUCCAUGAGGAAAAAGAGAGACUCAUCAACAGCCUAGUGGAGACAGAGUGUCAGAUGAUGCAAUGGGAGAAGAAGAUACAGAUCGCCAAAGAGAUGCGUGCUGCUGUGGAUUCUGAGACUGGGCAGGGUGAAAUUCAGGCCAUGAAAUCUGAAAUUCACAGGAUGCAGGUAAGGUACAACCAGCUGAAAAGGCAACAGGAGAGGAUGAUGCGAGAUAUGGAGGCAGCUGUUGCCCGCCGAGAGACCAUCAUGAUUCGUGGUGAAGACCAGAACAAAAUGAAUAAAAAAGUGCUCACAAAAGGUGACUUCCAUUAUAAGAAGCAGGAGCUGAAGAAAAAAAUCAAAGAGACCCAGAAGAAUGCCGAGGAGUGCAACAGCAUCAUAACUCAGCUUGAUAGUACUCAGAAAAACCUCAGCAAUGCUAUUCUGGAGAGGCAGAAACAGAUUUCCAGCUUGAAUGUUGAAAAUGAUGAGUUGGAAAUGAAAAUUGAUCAGCUGCAGGAAAAAAAACUACAGAACCUUUCAGACAUUGUGGCCAAUCAGGGACGUGUGAAGCACAUGCAGACUGUGAAGGAAGGGAAAUACCACCCACUGUGCCGCAGUGAGCUGAUGAUGCGGAUUGAACGACAGAAGGUAGAAACCCGACUACACGGCAUUAACGUCAUCAUCCAUCAAGUCCUGCACGAGUUUCCUCAGCACCACAAGUUGUUGCAGAGACUCAGCCAAGUCUUGCAUUCCAGGCUGGGUACACAAACAGCAGUGUAG